AUGCGCUUCAAGGCGUCAAUACAGAAUAUUAAUACCUUUACGAAGCUCACGGCGUCACUCAAUUCGCUCGGCCCGCUCGCGUGGGUGAAGCUCAGCGAAGAGCAAGUAUGCUUCACCAUCAUACCAGAGCAGGGCACUCAAGUAUGGGCUGUCCUCUCUAUUGACUCUAUCUUCGAGACCAUCAGCGUGCAGUCAGCAGCGAACAACGUCAUCAACCUCGAAGUUCCGCUCACGUCGCUGAAUCGCGCUCUCAAGUCAGCCCUCAAUGCCACGUCGGCCCAGAUACGCCUCACCAAGAAGGACAACCUGCCCAUGCUUGCCCUCACCAUCGUCACCACGACCUCCUCGAACACGUACAGCGCCUUCCCUGCAGCCACAGCCAACAACGACGAUGGCUUCGACGCUGCCUUUGACAACGAAUUUGGUGGAGGAAACCGUGAGACCAUUGUCACGCAGGAGAUACCCGUGCGAGUGCUUGCGCCAGACACUGUAGCGCACCUGCAUGAGCCCGUCUGUAGAGAGCCAGACGUACACAUCAUACUGCCUCCUCUGAUGCAGCUGAAGAGCAUCAGCGACAGGUUCACCAAGCUCGCGCUGGCAGACACCAAGGCAAGCACCGCGACGACGGCAUCAAGGACACGACUAGAGGUUGCCGCCAACAUGCACGGCUGCCUCAGGAUGAGGAUCCGAUCCGACGCCAUGAACAUAUCCUCCAUCUGGACCGAUCUUAGUAAUCCAGAACUCGACCCUGGCCACGUCGCUGGUGGAGAGGAUGGCGUAGCUGAACACCCAAGCACGCGUAUGAAGCAGCUGGGCACGGCAGACGGGCGUAGUGAAGAAGGCUGGGCUACAGUGAGGAUCGAUGGGCGUGACUGGGGUAAGGUCAUGAGUGUGGGUAGGCUGGGGGGACGAGUGAUCGCUUGCUUCUGUCAUGAGCAUGCACUCAUCCUCUACGUUUACCUACCCAACGAUAAUGGCGAUGACGAGUCGGUCCUGACAAGCUCACGGUCGCCAACAACCUGGGAGUUCAUGCCUGGUGAAAUCGACGACUACAUGGAGCCAUUAGAUCAAGCACAGAGUGAUCUUAUUCCCGGUACACGCGCCGAGGAGGCACGUACACAAAUUAUUGAUGGCUACGACAUUUACCUGAAAGCUCUCCUCGUUGCAAAUUGUCCUAGGCUUCGAGACGUCAAGUUUGUCAUGACGGCGCGGGAUGGGACGGUAUCGAGGUCAUGUCUCGACUGGCUUCAAACUUUUAUCAACGACUCUCACAACAAGAAAACUUCUUGGGGACCUGGCCUCAAAAAUCUUCGUUCAGUCGCUGUUGGUCUGCCCACCGGAACUUGGCUGGAUGCGGCCUAUCAUCCCAAUACCUGGCCUUGCAACACAGGAUUUCUUGUUCAGUUCCUCCGUCUCCCAAGCCUCGAAAAGAUAUACUUUAGAGAUUGCGUAGGUGAUUUCCAAGACAGGACGCCCUGGAGGAACCUUCUACCUGCUGGAACCUCCCCUGUCAAACAUCUCUUCCUGGACAGUUGUGGGGAAUUUGGGCAAGAAUUCCUCACUGCUCUUACUGCCGUCCCAUCAGGACUCAUCACAGCCUCUUUCCGCGCCGGCGAUGCGACUCGACUCGAAGACGCGGACGAACUCGUUCGCAAUCUCGGCACCUACCAAGGGAACACCCUGGAAAGUCUGAUGUUCUAUGACUAUCAUGACAAUCCCCAUAAAAUCCACGGCGAUCGCUGCGCAGCCUUCCGCCCAGAAGAACUCAGCAAUAUGAGGAAAUUGAAGCACCUCUGCAUGGACAUCCAAGACAUUGAGCUCGAGGCCUGCUACCAAAGAGACGACAGCGCAGAAGAUUGGGAGAGCGACGGAGCGUAUCUGGAACGCUGCUUCUUGGAGAGUGUAUGGAAUUAUGAAGCCCUGGUUCUAUGGGGAUCACUCAGCGAAUCUUACAUCAAAUGGGAACCGAACGAGGAACAAGGCUUCGAAGAUGCCAUCAUUUCUCUGAUCGGAGGACGACCUAUACGAAAAGAUACUCUCACGAAUGAGAGAAAUCGCAAGUAUAAUAUGCUGUCUCUGACCGGAGUCCCAGGGCCCGGAAUCGCAGUGACGAAAGCUGUGUAUCUGGAGAACGUGGAGAAGAGCAGUGGGCCCAUCACUACUUUUAGUCCUGGGCGCGGAGGAGAACCCUCACCGAAUGAAAAGAGCAAGGUCUGGUUCCGUCGCGCGAUUGAAGUAGCGAGGAAGAGGGGCAGGGAUCUUCAUACGCUCACGAAUCGCUCCAAGCCGCGCCAUCAGAUUGACUUUCCUGAGGCGCCUGAUAAGUAG